AUGUCAUUCCCAAUAUACAGGCCAGACCAUCCCAGAGCAAUUGCAACAGCAAGCAAACAACAUAUAAUUUCAAUUACCCAUAAUAUUCCCUUUUUAGUUUUUACCACGGGAAACCAAAACUCCAACUCCGCCAGCAACAGAAUAAUUUCUCGUGCUGCUAUGUCUCAGAAAGUUGCUGUCAAGGAUGAAUCUGUGAAAUGCAGGGAUGCGCAGUUGAAAUCUAUGUAUGAACGCUGUGAUACGGACAAAGACGGCAGGCUUAGCAAGGUAGAGCUGCAAAAGGUUUUAGAAGAGCUGGGAGUUGAAUUCCCUCGUUUGAGAGCUAAAUCAGUACUCUGGCAUGCUGAUGAAAAUGAAGACGGAUACAUCAGCUUGAACGAGUUCGGCACACUCGUGAAAUAUGCCUUAACACUCAGCACCAUUCCCAAGGCCUAA